GAGAGUUGGUAAUGUUGGAAAAAUGAAAGGAUUGGGUGACCUUUGGCUUGCUCAAGCCAAUAACUUUCCCAUAUUCAUGGUGGAGGUUUUCCCCUGUUCAAUAUGGGGGUUACGCUCCUAUUCAUCGUGGGAGUUUCUUCCAUAUUCAUCGGGGCUAUUUAAUCCCGUGUUCACUCCUUGGCAUCAUUACAAGGGUCCCUUCAGCCUAUAUAAGGAGCAUUCUGGUUCAUAGUUCAACACGAAUUCACAGAAAUUUCACAAGUACACUGGUGUAGAUUGAGAGAGACAUACGCUGAGUAAGUUCGUCAAAACGAUCAUCGGUGGUGUUCUGACGGUCGUGGUUAGAGCCGGAUCAAUCUUGGGAGACAGACGCCGAGUCACCUCAAUACCCUCCGGUAAACACCAUAAAUGGCGUCGUCAUCGUCGCCGUCAUUGGUCACCUGCUUCUCUGCUCCUCCGACGUUACGUCUCGCCUCUCUAUCUCUGUCGCCUUUGCCGCUACUUCAACUACCAACCCUCUCUUCCCGCCGCCACCUCUGUACAUUCUCAACGACCAAAUCCAAACCACUAUUAUUCCCUGCCACAAGCACAACCUUGUUCGCCCCUCAAAAUUUCCCCCAGGACUCAAUUUCGAAUCGGUGUCUAACGGUUAGGUCUCAAUUGAAUUUCCCUCUCGUCUCUCCGCAAGACCAUUGGGGAACAUGGACUGCUCUCCUCUCCAUCGGCGCUUUCGGCCUCUGGUCGGAGAAGACCAAGAUUGGGAGCAUGGUGAGUUCAGCAUUAGUGAGCAUUUUGGUUGGGCUUGGAGCAAGUAAUAUGGGGAUUAUACCUCAUGAAGCACCAGCAUAUUCGAUUGUUUUUCAAUACCUGCUACCGUUAACGAUACCAUUGCUGUUGUUUAGAGCUGACCUGCGGAAAGUGAUACGUUCAACUGGAACACUGCUCUUGGCCUUCUUGCUUGGAUCAGUUGGUACAAUAGUUGGAACCUUAUUGGCUUUCCUGAUAGUGCCAAUGAGAUCACUUGGUCAAGAUAGUUGGAAAAUAGCCGCUGCACUGAUGGGUAGCUAUAUUGGUGGAGCCGUCAAUUACAUUGCAAUUUCAGAGGCGCUUGGUGUCUCUCCGUCAGUUUUGGCUGCAGGUGUAGCUGCUGAUAAUGUUAUUUGUGCUAUAUACUUUGUGGUGUUGUUUGCACUAGCAUCAAAAAUACCUUCCGAGGCUUCUGCACUGCCAAAUGAUCCUACUGCAAAUAUGGAGUCUGAUUCUGGAAGUAAGCUUGUUGUGACACAAACUGCUGCAGCUCUUGCUGCUUCCUUUGCUAUCUGCAAAUUUGCCACUUGGCUCACCAAAUUAUUUGGAAUCAAAGGAGGUGAUCUUUCAGUAAUAACGGCAAUUGUUGUCUUUUUAGCAACUGUCCUUCCAAAACAUUUUGGUUAUCUUGCUCCUGGCGGCGAAGCUAUUGCUGUGGUCUUAAUGCAGAUAUUCUUUGCUGUAGUGGGAGCCAAUGGGAGCAUACGGAAUAUCAUUUUAACAGCACCUAAUAUCUUCGUGUUUGCUUUUAUUCAAGUGACCAUCCAUCUUGCUGUGAUCCUUGGGUUGGGAAAACUAUUUCGCUUUGACCUAAAACUCUUACUUUUGGCGUCAAAUGCCAACAUUGGAGGGCCUACAACAGCUUGUGGGAUGGCCACAGCCAAGGGCUGGGGCUCUUUGGUUGUUCCAGGAAUUUUGGCGGGCAUUUUUGGUAUCACAAUUGCAACAUUCCUUGGCAUUGGUUUUGGGAUGUUGGUUCUCAGACACUUGUGAACUUUGGAAAUUCCCAGGAAUUGUAUUGUUGAAUUCUGUAUGAUAUCGUCGAAUUUGUGAUUCCAUGCUGUACAAAACUUCGUGAUUGGCAGAAACUGAUUCUCUUAUCA